AUGGAUGUUCCUCCCAGCCUGCAUUUUUUGGUGUGCAGUUUUAGGAGCCUGCUUAUUAAUGGAUCCAUCACAUUUGAAAAGACUGCCGGCAUCUUCAACAACUCCCACUUGCGCUCUGAAAUGCUGGCUGAAUUAAUGAAAGAAUGGAGACAGCAUUUACCGCUCUGGCAGAUGAAGAUGCUCUUGAUUUGCCCUAUAGCAUGCUUUGUGGCCGUCUGGCUGGUCAUCCCACUGAUCCUACUUGCCAUCUUCUCAAACCCCAGGAUUCGUCAAGAGACCCGCUACCUGCUGCUUGCCAAUCUUUUGCUGUCGGAUUUAAUAUAUGUGUCUCUGUACACCCUGGGCACUUGCUUCAAUGCGGGGUACGUGCUCAUGUCUAAAGAGGCUUGUGCUUGUCAGUUGUUCUUCUUGGGGGUAUCAUAUUGUGCUGGGGUACUCAGUACCAAGGCAAUGGUGCUGGACAUCUCCCUGGCUGUGCUGCUGCCUCUCCGCUACUCGUCCCUUUGCCCAGUUUCGAGGACUAAAAAGGUAAUUUUAUUGACGUGGAUCUUCUCCUGCAUUUUACCCUGUGUCUCUAUCAUUUUCUUCAUGACCGUUCAGGAAGAGAACAUUUGCACAAUGAACAUUUGUUCCUUGCCAUUAUUGAUUGCACACACAGUGAACAGUUACAAACCUUUAAGAAUGUUUCAUGUGGUUUCAGUCACGGGAAUGCUCAUGUGUUUAGGACUCAUCCUGGGCUGUUAUAUCAUGCUAUACUGCAAAACAAAGCAGUCUGGGAUAUGGACCGGUUUUUUCGCCAGGGCAAAGGGGACAUUUUUAAUCCAUUACAUCCUUUUAUUCCUGUCCUUCUGCCCCUUACUGUUGAUUGUGGUCGAAACGUUGCUGUACUCCAAUGACUUGAUGGAGAUAAGGACAGGGAUGUGGGUGACAUUAACUAACUGUAAUAUGUUAAUGAUGCUGCCCAAGGCAUUGACACCCUACCUGUAUGGGUUCAGGUACAAAGAAAUAUCCAAACCACUCAAAGCUUUUUACAGGCUUAAAUGCCCAAGACACGCAGUGUCCCCGGUUACAGCAAAUCCAGAGUGA